AUGCAGAAGUAUCAAGUUUGGCGAACCCUGGCUAUUAUUAAUUUUUUAUUACAAAUUCACUCCGCAUUUUCCAAAUUAAAUGAGCUCAUCCUAUUUACCAUUUAUUUUUCAACUUUACAUUAAUUUCUCUUUUUAUUAUUUUCAAAAAUAAUCAAUACUCCUUCAUAAAUCACCAAAAGUAAUAAUCAAAUCUUGGAGUAAAACCCAAAAUCAUUUUUAAUAACAAAGGAAAACACUGAGAUUUUCAAUAGGGUGAAGAUGACCGAUCUAUAAAGAAGAAGAGUUUAAGGCAGAAACGAGGGGAAGAGUUUUUGAAGACUACUUCAAAGAUAAAGAGAAAAAUCUGACCAGAAAUAAACGACUGGUUCAAGUAAUAUAUGGACUUUAAGGUUUUCAGAGAAAAAUUAUGCUAGAAUAGUUUGGAGAGUUAAAAAUGAAAGAGGUGGCUUAAGCGAGAUUUCAAAAGCAAUCAAAACGAGUUUCAGGACCUUUAUUAAUGAAAAUAUAUUUGGA